AUGUACAUUGCAGUUACGGGGCUCGUUCAUUUGAUCCAUCUCCCCCCUGCGAGUGGCCAGGACCUUGUAAUUAUGGCUAGUUUCGACAUGAGAGCCAUGAUGGAGGUCAUUGUACGGUUUCGCUGCACAGAGCUUUGGCUUGUCCCUCCGCUGCUAAUACGACUGCUCAAUGACAAGACCGCUCAGGGAUAUGACCUUUCUCACGUGAAGCAAUUCAACACAGGAGCGGCGCCUCUCACGGAUCAAGUCAUACAGCAGUUGGCAAAGCGGUUCCCGACUAUCCGCAUCCGGCAGGCCUGGGGCAUGACGGAGACAACAUCUUGUCUGACGCUAACCCCCCCAGGCCUCAUGACAUGGGCAAACGCCUCCAAGGCCGGUAAGUUGGCCCCUGGAACGUCGGUACAAUUCGUAGACCCAGAAACAGGCGAGAUCAUUCCAACGGGUGGCACAGGAGAGAAGAUCUGGGCCAAGGGUCCUCAGGUUACCGCAGGCUACCUACGUCGACCGACGGAGACCGCCUCUUCCUAUCGGAGGGGUGGAUUCUUUCGCACCGGGGAUUUGGGUUCGAUCAGUGAAGAUGGAUUUAUCACGAUACAUGACCGGCUCAAGGAAAUGAUCAAGGUCAGAGGACAUGCGGUGGCUCCCGCUGAACUUGAAGAUCUUCUCUUAGGUAUUCCUGCAGUGGCCGACGCCGCAGUCAUCGGUAUCCCGCAUGAAUACUCCGGCGAAGUUCCUAGGGCGUUUGUGGUGGUGCAUAACCACAUCAUGCCAUCUGAAAUACUAGCAGACCAAAUUUCGUCCUUUGUGAAAGCCCGAAAGCCCAAGUACAAGAGCUUGGCGGGAGGUAUUGAUUUCGUGGAGAGCAUACCCAAGAGCCCGUCCGGCAAGAUACUGCGUCGCGCCCUUAGGGACCGCUGGCUCUCAUCUGCCAAGGCCAAAAAUAGGAUCGAACCAAAACUAUAG